UUCUCUACGUCCUCAUUGUCUAUGUCCCUCUUCAGCAGCAUCGCCAAGACUCUCCGCCACCACGGUGGCCUCUGGGGUUGCCUGAAGUCCAGUUUCAUCCGCGAUACCCUCAAGCACGGCACUCUGGUCGGCACGGACCGUUACGGCAACAGGUACUACCAGAACAACGACUACUUCUUCCUCCGCAACAGAUGGGUUGAAUACGCCGACCAUGUGGGGCUGCAGUACGACGCUAGCCAGGUACCCCCGGAAUGGUUCGGCUGGCUGCACCAUCGUACGGAUCUUCCCCCGGACCAAGAACCGUUUCGACCCCAGUACCACUGGAUGCUACCCCGUGAGGAGAACAUGAGUGGUACCCCCCUAGAGUAUGUCCCCUACACCACCACAAGACCUAAGGUGGAGGCCUGGGUCCCACCAAGGGGUGGGGGAGGUACAGAAACAUCCCCUGGAGAGGCUGCCAAAGGAGGGUGUUCAGAAAGAGCGGGGGAAACAAUGAAUGAAGAGGGGAAAGGGAUGUUUCCAGAGAAAGGUGAUUCUUCAGGUUGUGGUGCAGAGAAGAAAGACUGGAAAAUCUGUUAG